UGACAUUUUGCUGAGUCAGAGUACAGUUGGACCUUGACUGCCUGCAAGCGAUGGCCAUGCUCCUGGCCACACAUCCAGGGCCCUGAGGUUGCAGAUGUGGAUGACUGUACACAGGGAAGAACACUGUGCUGGCUGCACUUCCAGUGAUGCCACCAGUGCUCCUGGCUCCCACCAGCUCUGCCCAGAAGUGCCUCUCAGAGGCGGGAAUCGAUGAAGUUUGUCAAGCUGAUGCGUGGGUUUGCUAGAAUUGGCCUUAGAACUAAAACCCCUCAUGUGGCCUUUUCAGAUAUGCAUUUGAGACAGAGUUCUAUGUAGAGGCUGAAAUGCCUGGAAGAUUUCUUGUUUCUGUCACCACUUUUCCUGGCUUUUUGCAUCUCUGCCUGAUUUGAAUGAUGUGAUAUUCAGAGGGACACCUUCACUGAAGUCGUUCUCCAAAAGGACACAUCUGCCCAAAGAUUGUAUAUAUAAUCCAAGAUGGCGGGUCAGCCACCAGAAGACGCUGCAGAGUCUCAGGUCUCUGACGAGCUCGAGUGUAAGAUCUGCUAUAAUCGAUACAAUCUGAAACAGAGGAAACCCAAAGUGCUGGAAUGUUGUCACAGGGUUUGUGCCAAAUGCCUCUAUAAGAUCAUAGACUUUGGGGACUCCCCGCAAGGUGUCAUCGUCUGUCCCUUCUGUAGGUUUGAGACAUGCCUGCCAGAUGAUGAGGUUAGUAGCCUGCCCGAUGACAACAACAUCCUCGUGAACUUGACUUGUGGGAGCAAAGGCAAGAAGUGCCUGCCAGAAAACCCCACUGAGCUGCUGCUGACCCCUAAGAGGCUGGCCUCUCUCGUCAGUCCUUCUCACACUUCCUCCAACUGUCUGGUUAUAACCAUCAUGGAGGUGCAGAGAGAAAGCUCCCCAUCUCUGAGCUCCACUCCUGUGGUAGAAUUUUAUAGGCCUGCAAGUUUUGACCCUGUUACCACCGUGUCGCACAACUGGACUGUGUGGAACUGUACUUCCCUGCUGUUUCAGACAUCCAUCCGGGUGUUGGUUUGGUUGUUAGGUUUGCUCUACUUCAGCUCCUUACCCUUAGGGAUCUACCUGCUGGUCUCUAAGAAGGUCACCCUUGGGGUCAUCUUUGUUAGCCUCGUCCCUUCGAGCCUGGUUAUUCUGAUGGUGUAUGGUUUUUGCCAGUGUGUGUGUCAUGAAUUUCUAGACUGUAUGGCACCUUCUUAAUUGAUAUUGCAAACUAAGAAAUUUGACACACAUUGCUAUGUUUCAAAUUAGGUAAUUUAUCAAAGAUUUUAUAUUCUCUAUGCUUAGACAUAUUGGCCAUAUGUCUGUGGUCCAUUUUUCCAUCAAAUGUUGACACAGUGAGUUUUCAUGUGUGCUGGAAGUACAAAUGUUUAUUUCUAUUUAGGUGUUAGCAGAGAAGCAAAAAUAUGUAAGCUAAGCCUUCAUGGAGCUCUUUGCAUGAGUCUUCACAGAGAAUGGUCAGGAUUUCACUCAGCCCUGCUUGGUGGACCCUGAGGGGGUGGGCAGAAGUGUUAGCCUGCAGUGGAGUCUUCAUGGAAGGUUAGGAGUGACCUGAUUCCUCUUCUCAUCAUCGUUGAUAAUCUAUGAUGCAGGGUGAACGCAAGAGGAGAGCUGUUCCAAGACACAUCCACUAGAAAAGGGAGCACCCCCCACGGCUCUGUUGUUGGGGCUCCCCGAGUCCCCCUCAGCUGUUUCUCUUAGAAGUAAUGCUGCUCUGUGGGGGCUGCUACUUGACUUGAGGUGCUUGUUUCCUUUGCACGUGCUCCCUUGUCAAGAGGAAGCUGGGUGGGCCUCAUUCCCUUGUGUGGUUUUAAUCAAAUAUCUGUCUGCCACAGUAUACUAAAGAGAACUAAAAACAUUAAGCCAUUUGCAUGAAAGGAAACUUCAUGACAGUAUGGCCACUUGUCUUUGAGACGCAGCCUUUCCCCAUAUUUAUUUCCUCUCUCCUCUCCUCUCUGAAAUUCUCACAGAGCAGUUAUAGUUCAUGAAAAUCUUCAUUUGCAUCUUUCCUUAAAACAUUUCAGUUUAGUUUUUUUUUUAAACUACAUGGUUCACUUAGCUCCACCCCUUAUCCUGAGAGGGCUUCA